CACACACACACACACACACACAGUCACACAUGCACAUAGAAAGAGGAAACAGUUGGAUAGGAACUCAGAAAUCAUGUGACUGAUGACUAAGUUAAAUUUUUCCUAUUUACUGGAAGGAAGAAUCUGAUGAUUUGUUACCGAUUUUUUUGUUGUUGCAUUUUUAAAGUUUUGGAUCUAUCACAUUAUGUUAUCAUUUAUGCUCUUUUCUACUAUGUUUUCUUCCAUACUUACUGAACCUGAGGAGCAACACUGGACCUGCAGCUCCUCUGAUGCAACCAUUGCUUACACCUACUGUGAUGACAUUAAAUUUCCUAUUUUAGUUAGACCUGAACCCUGUAUAUCAUUGAAAGGCACUGAAGGAUUUUUGCAUAUUUUCUACAUUCCAAGGAGAGAUUUAAAACAAUUAUAUUUCAAUCUCUAUAUAUCUGUCAACUCCAUGAAUUUGCCAAAGCGCAAAGAAGUUAUUUGCCGAGGAGCCAAUGAUGAAUAUUCUUUUUGCAGAGCUCUGAAGGGAGAGACUGUGAAUACAACAAUACCGUUCUCCUUCAGGGGAAUACUAUUUCUUAAGGGCCGAUACAGAUGUGUUGCAGAAGCCAUUGCUGGGCAUACUGAAGAAAAACUCUUUUGUUUGAAUUUUACCAUCACAUACCACCCUCGUCUCAAUUAGAAUAAAUUGAGUAUAUUUUUAUUUUUCAAAA